GGCCAAAAUACCGCAGAGCAACAUUCGGGUAGAGUGUGAAGGUUUCAUUGGCCGUUUGAAGGCCAUAAUUCGUGCCAAAGGUGACCAAUUCGAACAAAUCUAAACUUAUUCUAAAAUUUGAUGCUAUUUCCGACAUUUUUUGCUUUCAUUCAAUAAAAUUAAAAAAAAAUGUCAAAACUAUGGCGUUUGACUUUGUUGCAGUUUUUUGGCGUUUGACUUUGUUGCGUGCUAUGAAAAAUAACAUUCAAUUGACUUUUCCCAAAAUCUCUUUUAGUUUGGAAGGAAUGUUGUCGCCCAAGGAUAUUAUUUUGAUCAUCUUAAGCCUAAUAUGUUCGAUUUUUUCAAUUCUGACAUUUAUCCUGAUGCAAACAAAUGCAAAUCUAACAAACACAAAGGAGAUUCUAACCUACAAAAUUAUACUGGUAUUAUGUGUAAUCUACACCUGCCUGCUUAAAGCUCUAAUUAUAAAACCGAUAAGGAAGAGGGUCCAACUAUUCGCUUAUGUGUUCUGUUUCGUAUCAAUUGCACUGUGGUUUCUUUGUUUUGCUGCCCUGCUGUGGAUUCAUUUUUAUAUUUCGUCUAACUAUUCUCCCAAAUGCGAACAUAAAAGCCAUACAAUUCAAUACUACAAUACGGCCAGCUUCCUCAUGUUGGGUUAUGUGAAUUUUGCCAUAUUUUCGGUGAUCUGCAUUGCAGUAAUUGGAAAUUCAUAUAGCCUCUAUAUGGUUGCGAAAAAAUGACAAAAUGUUCCAUGGAGCGGAGGAGUAUUGCAAAAACACAAAAAAAAACAAGUAAAAUAAUAUCAGUCGGUUUUGUCGACAUAUGUUUACCCCCAGAGCCUUGACUUAUUCAAACUGUCGACUCUUUAUGGAGGAGGUUCCGAAGCAAUUGGUCAAUAUUGAGCAAUUCGUAUCUGACCUAAGACUGAUAUAAAUAUUACAACGUACCAGAUUUGGACUAUAUCGACUACAUCCUGUAAUUUAUAUGAGAUAUUUGAGAAUUUUUGGAAAAUGAGGAAAUAUGCGUAAGGUAACAGAUAUGGCGGACUGAAGUAUUCCAUUUUCAUAUUUUAUCUAAUACAGAUAAAAAAUAUGGGUAUGUGCAAAAUUUGAAGGAAAUCGAACAUUUAUAUACAAUUUUAUGCGAAGUCAUAAAGAAUCACCGACUUGUUUCGGUAGAUAUAAGUAUUGAAAAUUGUGACCCUUUGUGGGUGAGGAACCAGAGGUGAUUCUCAGAUAUAUAGCAUCUUCACAACAGAUCUUGUGUUAGCAAAAAAAUGUUAUUGGUGAAAUUUGAAGAGAGUUGGAUCCUUUUUUUGCUUUCUUUGAGUGUAUUCUUUUUCAAAAAUCUUGAACUCUUAGUGGGGGAGGUACCACAAGAAAUUGUCUGAUCUCUACCAUAUUUAUAAAAGAUUUGCGUUGGUGGAAAUAUUCAGAUGUGCCAAGUCUACAUGAAAUCGGAUAUUAAUGUCGCGUUUUAUGAACUUUAUGGAUAUUUAAAAGUUUGACCCUUUGUGGGGGAAGGUACCAGAAGGAGUGUGCCGAUGUUUUCUACCU